AUGCUCGUCUCCCUCACUGUCGGCAAGGUCGACGCCGGCGUCACGGUGCUCCUGACACCGGAUAAGCGACUGAUUGAAUUCCCCUCGAUCCUGCUCCCGCCCGACAUCUCGUCCGGCAGCAUAGUUGACAUCACGGUGGGCCAGAACAAGGUCAAGGAAGACAUCGCGCAGCGCGAGUUCCAGGCUCUCCAGGACCAGAUCUACAGCUCGUUCGGAGCUCUGGAGCCGUCGCCGCCCGCGCUGCGGUGCCGCAACGCGACGCAGACGUCAGUCGUGCUGGAGUGGGACCCGAUCGAGCUGGCGACGGCGGAUCUAGUGUCGCUGAGCCUGUACCGCAACGGGCAAAAGGCUGGGGCCAUCCCGCGCCCGUUAGCCAUGCACAGCACCAAGAUCUCUGGCCUGGCCGUGGACACCGAGUACACGUUCCACCUCGUGCUGCGGACCACGGCGGGCACGCUGACGAGCGACCGCGUCGUGGUGCGCACCCACAAGAUGACGGACUUGAGCGGCGUGACCGUCUCGACCGGCGUGCUCCCAGGGGCGGUCCGCGACUCCCUGACCGAGGCCAUCGGCCGCAUCGGCGCCAAGAUGGUCGACGGCGUCCGCAUCGACACGACCCACUUCGUCACCACCGAGGGCCGUGGCCAGGCCUGGGAGAAGGCCGUCGAGCUCAACAUCCCCGUCGUCAGGCCCGAGUGGGUCGAUGCCUGCGAGAAGAACGGCCGCAUCUUGGGCGUCACAAAAUUCUACCUCGACGCCAUGAGGCCCGCCCCUACCAACGACGACAACCACCAGCAUUCGCCCGCACCCGUGUCCGCACCGCCGCCCGCACCGAUAGAGGACGAGGAAGACGAAGACGAAGACGAGGAGGAGGAUGACACGAAGAAAGCCGAGCCUGCUGCUGACGCUAAGGGCAAGGACGAAAAGACCCCUGCGGCAACACCUGACGGUGCUUCCUCGUUCCAGGAUGUAGCCCUAUAG